UAGUCAUAAGCAAAAGCAGUUUAAUUUUAAUGAAUUUUUUUAUCUUAUCUCAACUGUCAUUAACUCAUUCUCUUUAAAUAUAUGUCUUGGCAUCUGCGACAAUGUUGUUUAAAGUAGGAGUGUUUUGUACAAUAUUAUUUUUAGGAGUAAAAAGUUUAAAUUAUAAGAUAGUGAAUACAAUACAAGGACCAGUGAAAGGUUAUGAAUCAGAUAUUGAAAAUGUAUACAGCUUCUUCUCUAUUCCGUACGCCACGGUGCCCACUGGAUUAGAUCGGUUCAAGCCGCCGUUACCACCGCCAACGUGGACUGAACCGUUUGAAGCUAUUGAAAAGGAUAUUUUUUGCCCACAAUCAGGUCAUAAACUAGACAAUGGUGAUGUAUAUCGAGAACAAUGUCUUGUUGCUAGUGUCUUUACGCCAAAUACGACAGCUGAAAAUUUACCUGUUCUGGUGUACGUGCAUGGAGGAGGUUUUUUUAUAGGUCAUGGUAAUGAAUACACACCGCAACAUUUGGUUAAAAGUGGAAAGAUAAUAGCUGUCACUUUUAACUAUCGUCUUGGACCGCCAGGCUUCCUAUGUCUGGGCACAGAAGCAAUACCCGGUAAUGCUGGAAUGAAAGAUCAGGUUGCGUUACUCAGAUGGGUAAACAAGAAUAUUGCUAACUUUGGGGGAAAUCCUAAAGACGUUACUAUAGCAGGAUACAGCGCUGGAGCGGUCUCUGUAGAUUUGUUAAUGCUGUCUAAAAUGGCUCAAGGCUUAUUUAAUAAAGUGAUACCAGAGAGUGGCGCAAAUACUCUAGAUGCCGGUUUCCAAAUUCAUCCGCUCGAAUAUGCAAAAUUAUACGCAAGAAAUUUAAAAUUCGAAAAUGUUGAUGAUAUAAAAGCGUUAGAGCAAUUUUAUUUGACUGUACCCUUGAAUAAGUUAAUUUCUAUUGAUGUUUUAAAUGGAAUGGACAAUGUUAAAAUAUUAUCUCCGUGUAUUGAGCGAGAUGUCGGUCAGGAUGAAAGGUUCUUAGAAGAUAGUCCUGUGAACAUAAUAACAAGUGGAAAUUAUAAUAAGUACCCAAUUUUGUACGGCUUUUCUGAAAUGGAAGGCCUUUUCCGAAUUGGUAAUUUUGAAAAAAUUAAAAAUAUGAUGAACGAUAACUUUGCUUUCUUUUUACCGAAUGAUUUACAUUUUACUACUGAGAAAGAAAAAGAACAUGUCGUGCAAAUGAUUAAAAAGUUUUACUUUGGUGAUGAUCCUGUGGGUGCAAAUAAUAUUUUGAAGUAUAUUGAUUAUUUUACGGAUACUAUGUUUGCUUAUCAUAUAUUACGAACUGUUCAGCUACAGGUCAGAGCUGGUAAUGAUAAAGUGUAUCUGUAUGAAUAUGUUUUCGUUGAUAAUGAUGUAGAUAUAAUUCCAUAUACAAAGAAACGUGGAGCUACUCAUUGCGCUCAAACAAUGGCAGUACUGGAUUCCCCCAAUGAAGAUAAUAUAACUCAAGAAUACAAAACAAUGAAAAACUACAUGCGAGAUAUAUGGUUGAAUUUUAUACUUAAAGGAGAACCAGUUCCCAGCGGAUCACCAUUUCCUUCUUGGUCACCAGUUACUACAGAAGACAACUUGUCAUACAUGCUUCUCAAUAAUACCAUAGAGUAUAGAGAUAAACUCUUAUAUGAGAGGGCACAAUUUUGGGAAAAAAUCUACGAUAAAUAUUAUCAGCAUCCUUCAGCACCAAAUCCUGAAAUCAACAAUUUUUCUGUUAGAAAUGGAUCGUCUGUUUUAUAUAUUUUGAUGACAUCAUUUUUAUUGCACUACUCUUUACAAAAGAUACCUACUUAAUAUUUAUAGCGUAUAAGUUAGUUAGUUGUGGAAUAAAUUUGAUAUAAAAUAAGAA